GGCUCAUUGGAACGCCGUCUGUGCUGGAGUGGAGACGAGCGAGACGCGGAGCCAAGCCGGGCGCAGCAGCAGCAGCAGCAGCCGGGGCAACAGACACCAACCGCGGAUUGGGAGGCGGCCGGGACGCCACGCUCCGUUAUUUCGGGUGGGAGGGAGGGAGGGAGGGAGGGGGGCCGGGUGGGGAGGGGGAACCGAGACAAGACCCCCGAUUCCUCUUAUUUAUGUGCCUCUAAGCCGGAGAAAGAGGGCAAGGGGGGAGGCUGGAGGCCCCCCCUCCGUCGCCUCCAUUGAGCUUCUGUUGCUGCAGGACCCUGGACAGAAGCCACGCGGGACACGAACACUGCGGUCUGAAUCCAUAUCGUCAAGGCAGUGGUGGAGGGGAAACGGGGUCUGAAGCAAAACCACCGGGCUGAGACGGCACCCUGCUGGCUGCUGGCUUUGUUCAGCUCCUCGCACGUUUCCUCCUCCCUCCUCCUCCUCCUUUGCCGGCACCAUGGGCACCGUGUUGUCCCUUUCGCCCAGUUACCGGAAGGCCACCCUCUUUGAGGACGGCUCGGCCACGGUGGGGCAUUACACGGCCGUCCAGAACAGCAAGAAUGCCAAGGACAAGAGCCUCAAGCGCCACUCCAUCAUCUCGGUGCUGCCUUGGAAGCGCAUCGUGGCCGUUUCGGCCAAGAAGAAGAACUCCAAGAAGGUGCAGCCCAACAGCAGCUACCAGAACAACGUCACUCACCUCAACAACGAGAACCUAAAGAAGUCCCUCUCCUGUGCCAACCUCUCCACCUUCGCUCAGAACCAGAGUGCCCAGCCGCCGGCCCCAAACAACCAGAUCUCCAACUCCAAGAGCACCCUCUCCUCUGUCAAGAAGACCCCGCACCCCAACACCAAUUCCUCGGGGACUCCCAAGAGGGUGAUCGUCCAAGCCUCGACCAGCGAGUUGCUCCGGUGCCUGGGCGAAUUCCUGUGCCGACGGUGCUACCGGCUGAAACACCUCUCGCCCACUGACCCGGUCCUGUGGCUCCGGAGCGUCGACCGGUCCCUCCUCCUGCAAGGCUGGCAAGACCAGGGCUUCAUCACCCCGGCCAACGUCGUCUUUCUGUACAUGCUUUGCCGGGACGUCAUCUCUUGCGAGGUGGCCACCGACCACGAACUUCAAGCCGUCUUGCUGACCUGCCUCUAUCUCUCCUACUCCUACAUGGGCAACGAGAUAUCCUACCCUCUCAAGCCCUUCCUGGUGGAGAGCUGUAAAGAGGCCUUUUGGGAUCGCUGCCUAUCCAUCAUUAACCUCAUGAGUCCCAAAAUGUUGCAGAUCAAUGCCGACCCGCACUAUUUCACUCAGGUCUUUGCCGACCUGAAGAACGAGAGCAGCCAGGAGGAAAAGAACAGGCUCCUCAUAGGCCUCGACCGGUGAGCGCCGAUGCAGCGGGAAACCAUACUCUUUCCUCUUUUGUUUUCUUUUUGGUCCUUCCUUUAUGUUCUUUUUUGUUUCCAAAACAGACUGGGACACAAAGCUAAGGCUGGACAAGCCUAAAGGAGGACACCAAGCUAGCGUUCUCCGCCACCCAUAGUUGGCUUGGCUUCUCUGAAGUGAAAUGCAAUGGGGACGAUGGGAGCUUGGCCUCUUUAGGUCUCUCUUUCACUGUAUGUGGCGGAUGGGACUGCCUCUCCAUAGGAUGAGCAGGAGGGAAGGCCAAGCACAGCCACGCAUGACUUGCAGCGCCUCUUUGCCAGUUGUUUUUUGCUGAAAAGACCUGCAAACUGGAUCUUAAUUCCUCCUGGUGGAUUGAUUGCGGCAGAGAAGGCCAACAGCAUGGAUGCCUCUUAGGAAGAAAGAGCGACCAGAUCCACUGGAUGUUUCAGUGCCUGGCAUUCCAGAAAAAAAGGGAUCAAAGAAUGGGAUUUUCUUUCGUUCCAAUGGACUUAACUUUGCACACACCGACUUGAGCAAAAUGACACCAACACAGUAUUGUCCUGCAAAAUGGACUCUUUCUUGCAUGAAAAUGGGGUUGCCUUGAGAACCAAGCCUGUUGCUGCCCCUCUGUAUGUUAUCACCUCUGCCAGUGCCACCCCUUUCAUGGGGGCCAACAUCUUGGGCUCCGUGGGGCAAUCUCAAAACAUCAGAGCUAAAAGGUAAAGGUUAGGCUUGGGGAUUGUUUCCUGUGAAAGCACCCAAGUAAAAUCAAAUAAGGGAGCCUGGAGACCCUGUGGCCUACUGGGUGUUGCCAGACCGCAGCUCCCAUUGAUCCGCACCAUUGCCUAUGCUGGUAGGGUUUAAUGGGAGCUGAGGUCUGCUCACUUAAGGGUCACUUGUUCUCCACCCGUUCAAUAUGGAGUAGGAGCUGUAUUCAAGAUGGCCUCUAGUUGUAAUUAAUUUUUGCUGGCAAGAUAAUUGGGUUAUUUUUAUUUUACUGUAUUGUAUAAUUUGGCCGUUUCGGAGCAGGGUGACCACAGUUGUAUUGUGGCCAUUUGAACUGCUGGAAUAUAAUUAUCCCUUAUCAAGGAUCAACAUAACUGGAAAAUGUGGGAAUGAUGUCAUCUACAUUCUCACUAGUCCACGUUGGUUUGUCCAACAAGGAUGGGUGCUGAACCCCAUACGCAGCUGGUAUUAUGGGUACCUCCAGUUUUUUUCCCUUGAAGCCAAUUUAACACUAUAUGGGUUGGGGGGUGGGAGAGAGAUCUGGGGGAGAAGACUAAGAGAAUGCAUUGAAUAACAACAAUAAUAAAAGCAAGAGAACCUAAUAAUGGUUCUGGAAACAGAUUGUGUCUUAAAAAAUACCAAUCUGUAGCAUAUACAAAAAGUAAAUAAAUUUUACAUUUUGUAUAUUCUAUAGGUGUAUAUCGCCAGUGUUUCUCUUGAGGUACCAAUCUGUUUGUAUGAUAAUAAUCCUUUCCCUACUGAGACCCCACAAACCAUAUGCCAGCACUCGAUAAUUUCAUUUAUUCUUGUAUCCUUUGCCUCUCAACAUUCAACGCCAUCUGAUGCUUUGUACAUUUCAGUUGUUUUGCUUAGCUUUCCAUUUGUUAUACAAGAGAGACGUAAACGUCUUUCUACUCAUUACCUUCAGGGAUGGUAGAUGUAUAUAGGACGUUGGGGUGGGUGGGUGGGGUGGGGUGGGGUCCUGACUAGAUACACUGAAUUUUGCUCAGUUAAUGACAAUGUGAAUUGAAUGCCAAUAGUCCAGGGCAAUAACAUUCUGCGGAGGAUAAUGAACCUCAUUUGGGACGGAGGCCAUCUUCUUGGGUUUAGCGUUCUUACGGGCGGCGCGUGAGGGAGGACAAAAGCCUACUACAUCCUGGCACGACGAUUGCUUUGUCGGACAGAAGGCGAAGGUGGAAAUAUUCUGGGAUGCGCUUCCACUCCUGGUGUUACGGAUGCUGGCAUUCUAGCAGAAGGGCAGAGGGAAGGCUAUAUUGUACUUAACGUUGUUAAAUAGGGUAGCUUGCAAUUUACUUCAAAAGCAGCAGAGCACUAUUAAAAAUACGUACGAGGAACAGAAAAAAAGCUGUGAAAUAUAUAAAAAAGGUCUAAGCUGCGAGGUUGGAAGUAGACAGGAACGGAGAGCUUGUGAAUACUAAACAGCUGCUGGGCUUGCUCUUUGCCUUCAAAGCUAGGCCAAAAUCUGAGCCAUUACAAUGGGAGACACUGACUGUUUCAAGUGUUCGUUUUGGGUUCAUAGGAGGAAGGAAGGCCUUGGUGUGCCCAAGGGUGGGCUUCUUUAGGGUCUCUUUAGGGGGGGAAAUUGGGGUAUGUGUGUAUAGAUCUGCAUUGCAUGAUCAUUUGCUGCUCCAAAAUGGAUGGCACAUAUAUCAUUUCAGUCUUUCCAUGACAGACUUCUGUGUCCGUAGCUCAGCAUCUUUGCUGGCUUCUGGAACGUCUUAGACGGAGGCACAGGCUCAAAGCCAGACUGCGCCUGGACAAGUCAUUCCCGGACCUUGAUAAAUAAACAACUAAACAAACACAUAAGUCUCUUUUGCCUUCCCCAUGCACUUUUUUAAUAUGAAAAAAAAAGACUAAAUUAAAAUUUUGCUCAUAGGCUUCGGAAAGGUUCAAGGCUGCAAUCCUACGCAGACUUAGCUGGAAGGAAGACCUAGCGAAUGUGCUUCUCCCGCAUAAGUCGGCAUAGGAUUGCACCGCAUGGGAAGCAAAGGUGAUUUGGGUUUGUGAGCCUCGGUGUGAAAAACUGUCUUUGUUUCCUUCAGAGUCCUGGAUCCUCUGUAUUUAUAGUUUUAUAAUAGGCAAACAACAAAGGAUCAACUGAUAUACUUGAGUACACACAAGAGCAAUGAAUGGGAUUUUUACCUGCUGCUAUACGAAACAAAAUACUUUUAGAACAAAAUCUAUACUAACUGCGGGGCGGGGCGGGGGCGGCGGGAGGGAGGGAGAUCUUUCUUCUGUUCGUUCACCAUUGCUUUACAGUGAUGUUGUGCAUGCCAACAGCAGCAUCGUGUCUUUCGACAACAGACACAAACUUAGAACAGCUGAUUGUAAAGAUUAAAAUUACAGUUAACUCACCGUGCACAAUUCUCAAGCACAUGCCCUCCUCCUCCUCUUUCUCUUUCCUUGCCCUCCCACCAUCACGCAGGCCCCGGCUCCUCCCGAUCAAUGUGCUUCAUCUCAAAACUUCUGGAUCAUUUCUGAUCUUAACUGUACACUGUUGUUAAGAGUUUAGCUCUGUUCGGAAAAACCGUUGUUUAACAAAAAAUUUCAACAGGGGGGAAAAAUACAAAAGACAAAAAAGUGUGCCAUUUUUUUCACUUGAAAUUCUUCAUAACUGUACAUUUUGGGGGAGGGAGGGGAGAAGAGAAAAAUAGAAAACCUGCUAAAUUCUACAUGUCUGUGUAUGUUAAGGUUUUUUGGAAAAAAAUUCUUUUUUUUUUUAGUGUGCAAUCUCUUCUGUAGAUAUUUGUUGACCAAAACUGGUAUUAUGAUUAUUGCUUAUUAUUACUUAAAUUAAUUUAUAAAUGGUCUCUUUUUUGUAUGUAUGUGUAUUAUAGUGUGUUUGUAAGUAUGUGAGGUUUAUAAAUAUAAGACUGUCACAGAGCUGUGUGUGCCUGUAACUUAACCCCUCCCCCUUUAUUUUUAUUUAUUUUUGUACUGUGCUGAUUCAAAAUAAAAUGCACUGACCAUCCAUUACAUAAA